AUGUCUCCCCGGAUCUCCCUCGCCCACAUUUCUACAUACAAACGUCUUAUCCACACCUCUAGGCCAUCAUUCAACUUCAUCGGGCAUCCAGACCCCACUUCCAAUAUCCGACCCAUCAUAUACACUACCUCAUCUUUAUCCUCCCUCCCUGAGUCUAAGCACCACCCAUACUCCCUCAGAGAAUUCUCAGACGAUACCCUAGACCACGAGCUGCAAUGGAAACUCCAUCGAGAGCAGCUCGACGCGUUCAACCACGCGUAUUGGGCGGAGGCAAGUCCUGCGUUAUCAAGUGGGUUAUCCAAGAACGAGGCGCGCCAGGACGAGUAUGCUGUGGAGCUCAGGAAGCGGACGUUCGAAGAUCUCUCGCUCUCUGCUAAAGUCGAAUUCCAGAGGGCAAAAAAGAGGCUAGCGAGCUGGAGAUUGCUAUAA